AUGGUUCGUCAGCUGCACGACGGUAUGAUGGCGCGAGUCACGGACAACGGAGCUGUCUCAGAGGCAUUCGCAGUGACCAACGGAGUGAAGCAGGGAUGCGAGCUAGCACCUCCCCUGUUCAGUCUUAUGUUCUUUGCCAUGCUGAUGUACGCCUAUCAUGAUGAGCACCCCGGGAUCCGCAUCGCCCACAGGACGGACGGUCAGCUUCUGAAUCAAACACGGAUGCACGUCCAAUCGCGCUUAUGCCUUUAAUUUGUUGACUUUCUAUUUGCAUACCGUCCGUUUGCCUUCCUUGUUUCUACCAUCAUGACCUCUAAAAAUUCCAACGAUGCCACUACUUCACUUAGUGGACUUGUUUCUUCUCUCCCAGACUUUUGGCAACACGCGCCAGAGCUUUAUUUUUUCCGUAUCAAGGCGACAUUUCACUCCGCCAAGAUAACACGUGAAACGGACAAAUAUUAAAAUCUGGUCAAGAUCCUUCCUCCGACUAUUCUUUCCCAAGUGCGAACGUUUCUGAGAGAUCCCCGACUGAUGCUCCCUACACCAAGUUAAAGGUUGAACUUCUUCGCCUGACAGCAGUCUUCGAUCGGCAGCGUUAUCGCGCGCUGGUAAAAGUGGAAGCCUUGGGUGAUCGCAAGCCGUCGGAACUCUUGCGUCGUAUGCGUUCUCUUGUUGGGAACAUGAGAAUCGACGACAAGUUCUUUAAAGAGAUAUUCUUAGAACGUCUGCUGACGUCGGUACAAACAAUUUUGGCCCCUGGCUCCGACGACCUAGAUAUAUCAAAGUUAGCGGAGAUGACUGACCGUAUGAUGGAGGUUGAGCGUUUGUCAUCCCCGAGGAUCGCUCAGGUUUCCCAGCUUCUCACCGUGUCCACUUCUGACCUGGCUGAACUUAAGACACAGAUUGCCCUGUUGUCAGCGACUGUUGCCUCUUUGCAGCUGCGCCAAUCUCCCGGUCCCUCUCGACGUUCUUUCGUCCGUGACCGUCGUCGUUCCCGCUCUCGCCCCAGGACCGCAAACCUAUGCUGGUAUCAUGUCAACUAUGGCGAUAAGGCGCGGCGCUGUGUCCCACCCUGCUCCUCUAAGUCCACGCAGGGAAACUCCUCGGCCGGAGAGUAA